AUGGCGACAUCGGUUUACGACGAAGAACAAAUUCGAACUGUACUAAAGUUUAUCUUGCAUCUCAACGAUACAAAUCACAAUCUACGUCGUUUAGUAGGUGAUAUCGAACAUGACAUAACGUUAAUCACCGCUGUCUUUCGUUACUACGAAGCAUAUCAUGAAAUACAGAUCAUGCUCAACUCUGGACCAAGCACUAAUUUGGUUGAUUAUCUUGUUGAACUAGAUCGUUUGAACGAUGCUCAUAAAUAUUUCAAACAGAUACACGCUAAAGAUGAACUGAAACGUUCUGUUGCAUUGUAUAAUAUCGGAAUACAAAAGCUGAUCGAAGAAAGUGAUCGGUUGAUUGUGCAUUACAGCACUCCGAUUAAUCCCGAUGAAUUAAUUGAGGUAUGUAAAUCAACAACGUAUGAACCCGUCAGUGCCGAAGAUGUACAAGUAUCCGAUCUGAGUAUGUUUCGAAUUAUCUUCGAUUGGUUUAAAGAACAUGGAUAUCAGCAAGGUCUACUCGAUCGGUAUGCGACGAAAAGAGGCAGUAUGAUUUGUGAAUCAAUAAAGUUAUUAGCCGAACAUUUAGGACAAAAGUCUGUCCGUCGUGCAUCAAUUAAUAUGUUCACUGUCAACCCACGACUGUCAACACCACAACGUUCCUUUAAUGGUGACAUGAUACGAGAACAUGUGAAGGCACAAUUGACUCGAUUAGGACGGCGAAUAGCACGUUCGCCAGUAUUCAGUGGUAACGACGCGCCAUCACCGCCAUCACGAAGGAAUUCAUUAUUAGUAGUUCCGAAAACGAACGAAGAAGCUGAUUUCGACCGUCUAUUCUCAUCGACGCGUUUUGCUAAUGAUCGAGAAGCAAACCGAUAUAAAUAUUUACUAGAUGCAAUGGUGAUUCUCCUGCUACGUGAAACCGAUUUGUUAUUCUACGUUUUUUCCAACGAAUACAAAUCGCUUGUUCUCAACAAAUUAAUCGAAGUACCGUUGACGUUCUUGUAUACCGAAGCACAACAGCUCUGCACGGCAAUUGAAGAAUCGCCAAAUAAGAUCUACGAUGGAAAAUUUGCUUUCUACGCUCUUGUUUCUAUUAUUCGAUGGCUUCAUAGUUCUAAACCUUUCUUGGCCAAAUUUUAUAAGGAAAAUGACAUGAAGUCGCCUCAACAACAAUUUACUCAUACACUCUUACCAAUCUUCGAAAACUCGUUAAUCGAAUAUCUUCGUUUGACAUUGAAUGAAAUUCAAAAUGACUCAUCACCAUUAAGUCCAGGUGGGCAAGUACAUCCAUUGACUGUUCACGUGUUAGAUUACAUGGAAGAUUACUUGAGCUAUGAAGACACUAUCAUCAAAUCUUACCAUAAUCGAAGUGACACUACCAGUCAAUCUCGUGUUCAUUUGGCGGAUCUCUAUCGAGUACUUUGCACGAAUAUCUUUGAAAAGAGGGACGACCUGGUUCUACAUGAUGAUACAAUCAUUCGCGCGAUAUUUCUUAUCAAUAAUACCAAUUACAUUCUAAAACGAAUUGAAAAGUCAUCUCUGUCAUCGGUUGUGGACAAAAUACAUCCGAAUCUGAAGAUGAAUACCGAAAAUUGCAUCGGAAAAAGUAUCAAAAUUUAUAUAAAAUGUUGUUCGCCCAUUGUCAACGCCAUACAACAAAUGUUUCAUUAUGAUAACCAACACCAUCUUACCAAUCAUCAAUUAAGAGAUUGCGAUCGUGAUCAACUGAAAAGAAACUUCUUGAUAGUCAAUUCGGCGAUCGAUGCAUUUCAACGACAACAUCAAGAAUAUAUCAUUGAUGAUGUUCAAUUACGUGAUCAACUAAAAUCAGAAAUUAAGAAGACAAUUCUUGAUAUAUUCACCAAAUAUCAUUCGAAAUUUGCAAGCAUGCAUUUCACCCAUAAUCCAGAGAAAUACGUUCGUUACACUCCAGCCAUACUCGACCAUUUGAUUGAACAACUUUUUGAGAAUUGA